AUGAUUACUAAGGGAGUGGGGCAAUGGCACGCGGUAUUUCGAAAAGGCCGCUUGGCUGCAGGCACGAAGGAGACCGCGUUCAUAUACGCAGUGACGUCGGCGGGCCUCGUGCAUUCAGUGACGCGAUCGUGCAGCGCAGGAAACAUGACCGAGUGUUCCUGCGACAUGAACCUGCGGCAUGGCGGCUCGGCCAGCGAGGGCUGGCACUGGGGCGGCUGCUCUGACGACAUCCACUAUGGAAUGUCGUUCAGCAGAAGGUUCCUGGAUGUGCCCGUUAAGAACGUAACGGGCAAGAGCGGGAGCGGACUGGCGGCGAUGAACCUGCACAACAACGAGGCUGGGAGGCAGGCUGUAGCAAAGCUGAUGUCAGUGGAUUGCCGUUGUCACGGUGUUUCUGGGUCCUGUGCUGUGAAAACUUGCUGGAAAACAAUGUCCUCCUUUGAAAAGAUUGGCCGGUUUCUAAAAGAUAAGUAUGAAAAUAGCAUACAAAUAUCAGACAGACCGAAAAAAAAGCUACGCAGGAAAGAAAAAAGCCAGCGAAAAAUACCAAUCAGGAAAGAAGACCUGCUGUAUAUGAACAAAUCGCCCAAUUACUGUGUCGAAGACCAAAAAUUGGGGAUCCCUGGGACUCAGGGAAGGGAAUGUAACCGCACCUCGGACGGACCCGACGGCUGCAACCUGCUCUGCUGUGGGCGCGGGUACAACACCCACGUUGUCAGGCACGUGGAAAGGUGCGAAUGCAAGUUUGUCUGGUGCUGCUACGUGCGCUGCCGGAGGUGCGAGACCAUGACCGACGUACACACCUGCAAAUAA